CCGCACACAUUUGACACGUGACGCGCGCGUUCAACGCGGCGGAAGUGAACUGCGAGGUAAACAUUUAGCUGUAAUACAGUUGCUCUCUAAAAUAUGUCAAAUUCUUUUUUUCCGAAUAUUUUAUGAAAGUGCCUUUGAAAUACCACACUUUAGUCCGCUUUCUCUCUUCGACAAUAUUGUCACUGACGUGUUACAAACUGACCCACACAUCGGUAAAGUUGUUGGCUGCUGUUUAGCCAGCUGAGCUAGCUAGUAACGUUACAGUGCCACAAACAAAAGGGUUAGCUAGCUAGUUAUCAGUAUCUUUGGUAUUGCUGCUUCACUCAGUGACUUGGCCAACUUAGCAAACUUGGUAGCGUUAGGCUGUGUGGGUGAUUUUUGUUUUUUUAAUCUCCCUAGUAGAGCAAUGAAUUCCUGUUUACAAAACGAAGAAAACGCUCGUGCAGUGGAAAAUGCUAUCAGAACAGCGGUAAAUACUGUCAUGGAUGUUAUUUACAAUAUGAACAGUACCAAAAUACUGGAAUAUGAAAGGAAGGUGGCCGAGAGGGACAAAGAAAAUGAAACGCUUAAAUGUAAGCUUAAAAAAGCUGAAGAGGAAUUAACAGCAUUUCGAGUAGGCCUAUCUUUUGAAUUUUCUGCACUUUCACCAGGAAGAGAUUUUGGGAAACCGAUGUGCAAUGAGAACGAGGUGGGAAGCGAAACUGAUUGGCGAAUGGAUUUCCCCAGUCUCAAUGCAGGAACUCCUGGGCUUUCAGCAGAGAGAACCAGAGGCCAGUCCCCAUCAGCCACUCCAGUCACCAGCCCAGUGAUAAAAGAGGAGCCUGCUGACACUGGGUCCUUCUACAUCAAAUGGGAGAUGAGUGAGGAGAGCAUUGCGGAACAACAGGAGGGCUUAGGCCCGAUGCACGUCUUGGGGAAAGAGUCGGAUGGAACGUCUUCUGUUGCUGGUAGCCAGAGUCCAGGCGAUAGACGUUCAGAACUGUCUGAGGAGACAUCGACAGAGCGUGUGAAAAGGAGGCUGUCAAGCGCAGAGACACAGCGACAGUACAGAGAGAGAAUCCGUGCUGACCCUGAGAAGUUGCGGGCCUACAAGGAAAGGGCAAAAUGCAGGGAGGAUGAUGAUUAUGAUGAGGAUUGGAUCAGCAACUUUCAUGUCCCUUGGCAGCAGACGCCUGAAAGCCUCAGGCGAGCCAUUGCAGAGGGACGAAGAGUCGAGGCGGCAGAUAGGCGGCUGAUGGUGAGGAUCACCGUUGAUGCAAUGCGUGUACACUGCCUCAACCCCAACAAGAAAGUAUGUUCAGAAAUUGCCAAAGCUAUAGUUUCAGAAUAUCCAGAGAGCUUUGCAGACCUGUCAAAAGAAGGGGAACUGCUUAGCAGAAGGUACUCCUCCUUGCUCACCCAAAUAAAGACCAGAGUGGAGCAUGUGAACCGGAACACUGAAAAUAGAAUACGCAGACCCAAGACGAGCAAAAAAGGGGAAAACGGCAACAGACAAGUCAAAACAGCAAGAACAAAAGUGGACAGUUAUGGGUGCAUCAACUGGCACCCACAGGACCUUCCAGAAGGAGAAACUCCUGACUCCCUGGAAAAUAAGAGACAGAUUAUGGCCACCAUUUUCAACAGUGCAAGCCCCAGAGGUGUGGACAGGGGAGACGUGGAUGAAUUCAUGAGGCUUACGUACAUUAACCAACGCCACAUGAUAAAUGCAUGGCCAGCCCCAAGCAUUGGUGACGUCAAGGAACAAUGGCCUUUUCUUUUUACCAAGAGAUGGCUCUGCGCCCACUUCCACAUGCUCACUGGAGUUGAGAUCGACCGCUGUCUCAGUGAUGCUCUCCAGAGCAAAGGAAAGACCAUUGUCAAUUUCUUCCGAAGUCAGAAACCCAACUGGAGGAGAGGCAUCCACAGUCUCCUCAAUGACAUUGAAGGUGACGUCAGUGAAAACCUCACAGCCUGUGCUGCCCUUCUUCUGGUGCUGUCCCACUUCAGAGAGAAAGAGGACUCUCUCUUCCUCUUGGCUGAUGUGAAUGACACCCAGAUGGAUGUAGAGGCUCAGUUGCAUUUGCCGGCCACUCCAAGACUUAUCAUGCUUGGGAGUUCCCUGCUGGCUUCAUCUAAGUGGAUGGUGUCGAUCGAGGGGAGAGUGGUCUGUGUUUUGGAUAAUCAGUCCAACUUUGCUGCUGCCCUUUCUGUGCUCUUCGGAUGUUUCUACGUGUUCAAUACAGAGUACCAGGAGACAGCCUCAGCAACACUGGAGCUUAUUCAGAGGUUUCUAGUAGGGAUCAACCCAAAUGAAGGAACCAAAUGCUCUUCAUACCUUGAUUCAGAAGCCGGGGUGAGCCGCAGGACUGGAAGAGUUGUGCAAAGGAAGACCGAUGCAGUUGCCACCUUCCUCAAAGACCUGACUGAAUUUGAAUGGUGAACCAGUUUCAUAGGAGAUGCAAACACACAAACUAGGAUGCACAUACAUGAUGCAUAGCUUCAAAUGUUAUGUUGCUCUUGUUUAAUAUCAAUCAAUCAACACUACAGAUUGCAAUUGAGUUCUAUCAUGAUAUGCAUCUUGGAAUAAUUGUUAUAUGUUUCUGUUGGCUGGCCCUGUCUGUGAUGGGGAAACGUGAUUUUAUAACUUUUAUGUUAUAAUGAUGUUCUAAAUGAUUACCGGAAGUGUUUUUUUGUUGUUGACAGAUUUCUUUAAGACGUUUUGUUGACUUACUGUAAACAAAAUCAGUGUGAUUAAAUUCAGUUUUGUUCAGAACGAGUUCCCAUUUCACUACAGUGUUAAAGGGGCAGUGAAGUUAAACUUGAUUUUCCUGCUUUUUGUUAUAUUUCCACACAAUGAGGUUGAAAUAAAACUCAGAAAUUGUAAAAAUUAUGCCUGUUUUGUGUAAGAGCUGUUUGAAAAUUGCCUGGAAUUUAAGCCUGUUCAGGUAGGAUGGAACUUUUGGCCCACAUAAUUUGGCCCACAUCAUGAUCUGAAUAUAAUAGCCCAAUGAUCGUUCAUCUGGGUAAGGGAGUCGGUUCUAGACCAUCCUAUCAGCCAAUCGGGUCUGUGUAUGUAAAUACUGUAUCUUCAAAUGUGUUUCCUAACGCCCACACAAACAGACUGAGCAUUUUAAGGGCCAAAGGAGGCUCAGGGACAUAAAUGGUUAAACAUACAGUAUAUGUUGGUGUAAUUUUCAUUAAAUAAACACAGUAAUUUAUUAGACAUACAGUGGUGAUUUAAAAAUAGAAUUACAAAGACUGCAUGGGGGCUUAAGCUGUUAUCUUUUUCAAUAUUAUUUAUUUGUGAUAAAACAUCCUGUUUUGGAUUAAACUGCAUUUUGCCAUGGCCGAUCUAGCUUGAGGAUUGGAAUUUGUCUACUGACAGUGCAGUGUAUUUCUCUUACUGGUAGCUAAUCAAUUUCGCACCUUAAAGUACAGUAAAAUGUUAAACAAGUUUAAAUACAAUAAAUCAAAUCUCCAUUAAUCUCCCAUUCCUUCAACCUGUACUUGAUGUGUGCGCUCUGCUGCUGAGUAGGUUAUUUCAAAUGUUUUCCCCUUGAAUGGGAUUAAUAGGGAGUGGGGAGGCUAUGCUUAAGGCUAUCAUAUUAUCAAAACCCACCCAAUCUAGCUGAUUGUCAUAAGCCACACUCAGGGUCCCUGUUCAAGAGGUAAUAUUGAC